AUGUGUGAUGUGUACUGCAAGGAAGUCAAGGGUUGGUGUAAGUCCUUCACGCGUAUAGAGUCGCUCCUCACGGCCCUAGAAGUUCUGCUGCUGUUUGUGCUUAUAGGAUUAGUGGCAUUUUUGAUACUUCACUUGAUAGCUUGUUCGAGUGAACUGGAAAAUAUUAACCAAGAAACACUUGAGACCGGUAUACAAGCGCCUUCUUCAUCAGAGACACCCGACACAAAAAGUUCAUAUGUUUCAGAUGCUGAUGUCACUGCAUAUUCAAGUGUCAGCACUGCCACAUUGUCCCCUGACAUCGAGUGUACCUGGACACCUUCUGUAAAAACCGAGGCACUUACACACUAUUAUUGGACCCCCGGACAAAAAUAUGCUAGUGAUCAGAAAAUAGCGAUUGAAUCCCCAAAAUUCUCUAACGUGCCUGUAGAUGAUGAUAUCAAGCAUAACAGGGAUUCAAACGGCCACCAUGCCUCGCAAACAUACAAGAAUUAUGUCGCGGCUCUGAUUAAAUUAAAACCUCCAGAGGAUGUGACGUUCGGGUGCAUCCUCACUAAAGUGACACAAUACUGGACGCUGACAGCAGCAAGUUGUAUUGAAUCAAUUGAGGAGGUGGAAUCGCUGGACUCAUUCUUUAUAACGGAUUCUUAUGGAACGACCAAGGAAGGUAACAGCCACGCGGUGGUGGAAGUGCGGAUCCAUCCGCUGUACCAAGGCGUCAAUCACAGUUAUGAUCUUGCUGCACUGCGCAGCGAGACUGUUUUAAUUCCCAGCAAACAGCUCGUGUUGCGAGUGCCCACCCUACUGGAGUAUUUCGUAGUGGCCGUUGGAGAGAGAUUCACUAUACUUGGCUAUGGAGGAUAUAGAUCCUUAGACAGGAGCUCAACUGGUCGCCGGUUACGUGAAGUUUCAACGUAUACAGUGUCGCUGACACAGUGCGCGGACGAAGGGAAAGACGUGUGGUCACUACGGCACCUUUUAAGAGGCGGUGAAUUGAUGGCGGGCUCGUGUGGCGCCAACGGAGAGGGUGCAUGCGGGGCGUUCUCACUGUGCGCGGGCUCGAUGCAUUCUCGCGCCGCGCCGUGCUCCUACUGCGGUGGCACACCACUAUUGCGUGACGGGAAACUAUUUGGUAUUAUGGCAAAAAAUCGACAUUGUGGCGUGGCGUGCGAGCCCACACUUUACGUCAAUGUUGCAGCUCUAAAAGACUGGGUGGACUCGAUCCUCGUCACAGUGUGUGCCAACAAAGCCCUGGUCGUGAUCUCGCUGGUGAUGGCAGCCUUUAUAGUCUGCACCAUCGGCGCGGCCGUUAUCCAAAUUAUGGCAGUCCUCGAAGAUGGGAACAACAAUGACACCAUAACUUUAGAUGACUUCCCGUAG